AAAAAAGACACCCUGCUAGGUAUAAGCCGCUGUGGGGACCUGAAUCCCCGUAGAGUCCGUGGAUAUAGAGGCAGGAGAGGAACUGGAGGUCAGAGGUGAGAGUCAGUGAGUCAGGUGCAGAGAUGCGGUGUUUCAGACCGCCUCGAAGGCUGGGGGAUGAAGUGGAUAAGACAGCGGCGAUGGUGAAACGUCUCAGUCAGAAAGUCAGCGGAGGUGUCAGUGAAGGAUGGGAGAGCUCCACAUGUCAAAUCAGCAGGAUCAUGCGGCCAGAUGACGCCAACAUCGUGGGCAACGUCCACGGCGGCACUAUCCUCAAGAUGAUCGAGGAAGCUGGUUGCAUCAUCGGCACGCGCCACUGCAACACACAGAACGGGGACCGCUGUAUGGCAGCUCUGGCUCGGGUGGAGAAGACAGAGUUCCUGUGCCCUGUGUUCAUCGGCGAGGUCGCCCACGUCACGGCUGAGAUCACGCACACCUCCCAACACUCACUGGAGGUGCAGGUCGAAGUCAUGGCGGAGAACAUCCUCACAGGUACAAAGAAGCUGGCCAACAAGGCGGCGCUGUGGUACGUUCCCUGCUCUCUGAAGAAUGUCGACAAGAUUAUGGAGGUCCCGCCCAUCGAGUAUGCCAGUGCAGAGCAAGGGGAGGAGGGCAGGAAGCGCUACGAGGCUCAGAAGAUGGAGAGACUGAAGACUCAAACCAGGAUUAAAGACGUGGUGUCACCUCCAUCCAACCCAGAACAGCACACCGUGGGUUUCAGCCAGUCCAGUCUGAUCCAUCUGGUGGGCCCCUCUGACUGCACACUUCACGACUGUGUCCAUGGAGGCGUGACCAUGAAGCUGAUGGAUGAGGUCGCCGGCAUCGUGGCUGCUCGUCACUGCAACACCAACAUCGUCACCGCCUCUGUGGACGCCAUCAACUUCCACAGCAAGAUCAAGAAAGGCUGCGUGGUGACGGUGACUGGGCGUCUCACAUUUGUCAGUAACAAGUCAAUGGAAAUACAAGUGAUCGUAGACGCUUCCCCGCUGAUGGAAGAAGAAAAAGGGAAAUAUCACGCGGUGUCCGCCUUCUUCACCUUCAUCUCGUUGGACAAGUACAACAGGGCCCUCCCUGUUCCUCCUCUAAAGAUCAAAGGAGAGGAGGAGCAGAGAAGUUUUGAAGAGGGCAACGCACGUUACCUCCACAACAAAGCAAAGAGACUUGCAGUGAAGGAGAACCAGCAGUGACGCUGCUGUGUAGCACGCAAUUCAACGCCUGCUACAAUAGUUUAUUAACCCCACACAACACAACGUAGCGUAUGAAGGAAAUAAAAUAACCCUCUCUACCGUUCUGUAACUGUAGCCUCCUGUUAAACCUGAACCUGUGAUAAUUUUCAGCUGUGCUACACACCAAAGCUUCCAUAUACAGUUGUUUACAUAUACAUAAAAGAGAGAGGGGAGAUUUUUAAAGAUGUAUGGAGACUAUUUAUGAACACUUUCCAUGCAAAGUGACAGUCUGACUGUAAAUGUAGAAGUAAGAGCUCUAUUUUGUGUUAAGCAGAUUAUUUUCAAUGACGACUUCAUGAUUUGUGCAAAGAGAUGGUCUGAGAAGGAAAAUGAUGAAUAAGUGAGUGAAUAAUAAUGAAUAAAAGAUCCAAGCGUGA